CAUCGAAAGAUACCAUCUACAGAUAUUUUAUUAUUACAAAGUAGUUUGGCAACUAAUUAUAAGAAUGUCUAAGCUUCCAACCAAUGUUUUUAUUUUAGUUUUAACCAUAACCACAUUUUCAAGAUUGGUUACCGGUGAGGCUCAAAAUGGAGUAGCAAUAAAAAACAAGUACACAAGUUUGGUUUUAAGUGGCAAACAUGACGAAGUUACAACCACCUUUUUUGAUGAUGAGGACGGUACUAUGGUAUGGAAUAUCACUCCAAUGAAAAAUGAUUCUGACAUCUACUUUAUUAUAAAUGAAGGAAGUGGUAGAGUACUUGAAGCUAGAACGUCAACCCUUCCAGUAAUGGCCAAUAAAAGCAAUAACGACGACCAAAAAUGGAAACUAGACAACAAAGGAAAAAUAACCUCUGUAGCGUAUCCUGAUAGAUUUUUGACCUAUGAUGAGAAUCUGAAUGCAAUUUUAAAUAAUACUCUGGAUACAUUAGAAGCCGAUCAGUGGUUAUUCCAAAAACCGCAAGAAGGCCACUUAGGAAGACAUUUAUGGUGAUUUUUUCAAGUGAUAAUAUAGUUGUAUAUUUGUGAACAUUAUUUUUGUUAUUUUAUGUUGUUAAUAAUUAUAAAAUUAUUUCUUUAUUCCUAUUA